GAUCUUUUGUGCUUUGUGCCACUCUUCCUUUUUUGCUCUUUCACACAAUGUUUGCUCUGCGACGAGUGCCUGCGCUGCUUGCCGCCGCCUCGACCUCGACCCCGGCACCACCAGCAGCAGCAGUGCGAUUAUCUGCACGAUCGCUGUCCAGCCAGGUCCCUGCAGCACGCGGCGGCGGCGGUCACGGCCACGGCCACGGCCACGGGCGUCCGCUCGAUCCCGCGCGCGAGUAUCCGAACGGCUUUCUGUUCAACGAGAAGCCUGGGCCGCGCGCCAAGUGGCAAGAUUGGGAGCCAGCAUGGUACAUUGGCAUGAUUGGCGGUCUGGUCCUGUUUGGCGUCGUCACGUACUAUCGCCCAGACACCGAUCCGACUGUCAAAGCACGCGCUAUCGCACUUGAACGCCUGCGUGAGCAAAAUCCAGAUGCAGUUCACGAGGAGUCAGAGGCUGCUGCUCCUGCCCACCAUUAACAAGGGAUAGAAAAAAACAUGGAAAAAAGUAUGAAACCAAAACGCCCCCAAACGACAAAACCUUCCCGCCGCGUUGCCUUGGAGGAUGGCAAACGCAUUUUGUGAAUCCAUGUCUUUUGUGCUAUUGCUUGUGUGUAUGUGUUGUAUUGUCUAAAUGUCUAUGUGGUGAACAUUGUUCUUUGUUGA